AUGAAGCUCCAAUGGCCUUUGAUCCGGACACGACUCCGUGACACGCGAGUCAGUCGUCAGUUCUCUACCUCCUCACAACUGCAAUACCAACCUCUUCACCGUCUCGAGAAUGACGCCCUCGCGACCUUCCAGACGAAAUGCUUUCAGCCCGAGCAACCAGCGAUCCUUCCACGGUCCUUCAGCGACCUCCCCGCCAUGAGAAAAUGGUUUUCGCCAUCCACGAACGGCCCAAACGGCCCGAAUAGCCUGAAUACCGCUUACCUGCGCGAACACGGCGGAGAGGCCUUCGUGCCUCUCGAACUGACUCAACCCACCCCGGAAGGACCCAGCUUCCGCUCGUUCCACGCGCCCCUCGGUCUAUUCCUCGACUGGAUGGAAACACCAACACCGUCCACACUCUACUUGGCUCAAUGCCAACUCCUUGACCUGCCCCCGGUUCUACGCGCCGACUUUCCCACACCCUCGCUUGUGUCGCAUGCCGGGAGAGGCGACGUGUAUGAUACGAAUGUGUGGAUUGGGCACCCGCCGACGUAUACGCCUCUCCACCGCGACCCGAAUCCGAAUCUGUUCGUGCAGCUUGCCGGGGAGAAGGUGGUGCGGCUGCUUGCGCCGAGUGAGGGACAGGCUGUGUUUGCGGCCGUGAGGGCCCGGUUGGGGAAGAGUGGAGAUCGGGGAGCGGCGGCGUUCCGCGGGGAGGAAAUGAUGCAGGGUGGUGAGAGGGCGUUAUUGGAUGAGGUGGUUUGGGGGGUUGAUGAUCGCGGGUUUGAGGCGAGACUUGGGGCGGGUGAUGGCUUGUUCAUUCCUAAGGGAUGGUGGCAUAGUAUCAAAGGCGUUGGAGAGGGUGUGACUGGCUCGACCACCAUCUACCGCGCAGCACUCCUCCACCUCUCUGUCAAUCCAUUCCUCGCGCGCGCCUCAGCCUCUUUCAAUUCCCCCGUUCCGCGCCUCCACAGCGUCCUCUUCCCCCAGUGCGCCAUCCGACUCGACAGCCAAAUCCGCACCAUGAGCGACUCCUCAAAUCCAGACAACUCCCCAAAGUCCAAGCCACUCUCCCUCCCCGAAAGUGACGGUACGGGAGUCAAUCAAGCACAGGGCUCCGGCGGGAUCAAGCUCGACAUGAGCGGCGGUGGCACCGAAGUCAAGCUCGACCACCUGGGCCCGAUGGUCGUGAAUGUUGACGGGACCUUGUCGCAGAUUGGCAAUUGGGCGCAGAUGACCGACUCGGAGAAGGAGAGCACGAUGCGGAUUAUCGGGAAGAGGAAUCAGAAGAGGUUGGAGGCUUUGAAGGCGAAGGAGAACCAGUGA